UUUCGGCACGCCCAUUUCUCCGACAUGCAGUAGCUGUCUCUAAAACAAGAAGAAAAGUAGUCGCCGCUAGCGCCAUCACACAGCUUCGAGUCUUCUGAGCUUCUCCUCCAAACACACAGGAAUUCACCAGCAGUUCAGCUCCUCCCACAACAGUUUAUGAAAGAAAGUCGAAAACAUGACUGAUCCAGAACCCUGCAGAAUAAAACAGGAAGAUACUGAACAACAAAUAGACCUGAUAGAAGAGAACAAGGAGAUUGACGAACUGAUUGAAGAGGGGGAGAACCAUCAUGUCAAAACUGAAGAGAUAUCCUGGAGUUCCUCAUUUAAAAGAGGAGACAAAAUAUGGCCUCAGUGUGGAAAGAGUCCCUCAUGCAAGCAAAAUCUUGAUAUUCACAUAAAAUGUCAUCUUGAAAGGAAGCUGUACACAUGUAAUCAGUGUGAAAAGACUUUCACAAUAAAAGGAAACCUUACGAAACACAUGAAUAUCCACACUGGGGAGAAGCCAUACACAUGUGGUCAAUGUGGGAAGAGCUUCAGACUAAAAGUAAUCCUUAAAAAGCACAUGAAUUUUCACGCUGGGGAGAAGCCGUACAUAUGUGGUCAAUGUGGGAAGAGCUUCAGACUAAAAGCUACCCUUAAUGAACACACGAGGAUCCACACUGGAGAAAAGCCAUACACAUGUGAUCAGUGUGGGAAGAGUUUCACACAAAAAGGAUACCUUGAUGCACACCUAAAAACCCACACUGGAGAAAAGCCGUACACAUGUGAUCAGUGUGGGAAGAGUUUCACACAAAAAGGAUACCUUGAUGCACACCUAAAAACCCACACUGGAGAGAAGCCGUACACAUGUGAUCAGUGUGGGAAGAGUUUCACACAAAAAGGAUACCUUGAUGCACACCUAAAAACCCACACUGGAGAAAAGCCAUACACAUGUGAUCAGUGUGGGAAGAGUUUCACACAAAAAGGAGCCCUUAAUAUACACAUGAAAAUCCACACUGGAGAGAAACCAUAUACAGGUGAUCAGUGUGGGAAAAGUUUCAGUAAGUUCCAUGCUCGUCGCCAAGAUUCCUACUUCGCGCAACGCAAACCGGACUUUGAGUUCUUGAACGCUGGCGCUUUGUUUACAGACACCGCAUCAGAGCCCUUUGUCUGGGCAGCACAGUCACGACCGAGGAAACGCCGCCGGAAAAGGGGGAAGAGAGCCGGCGUCCUUGUCAGACUCAGACAUCUUCCCCUCCGACCUCCUCUCCCAACCAUUUUGCUGGCUAACGUCCAGUCACUGGACAACAAACUCUGUGAACUGCGGGCAUGCAUCUCAUACCAACGAGAAACAAGGGACUGCUGCAUUAUUUGCCUCACAGAAACCUGGGUGUCUGCAGAGGUUCCAGACUCAGCCAUCGAACUUACGGGGUUCUCCGUGCACUGCUCGGACAGAACAAAAGAGCUCACAGGGAAAAGCAGAGGUGGGGGCGUUUGUUUCUUUAUCAACAGCUCGUGGUGUGAUGAGAGGAACCUACACUCUAUUAAAUCCUUCUGCUCCCCUAAUCUGGAAUUUCAUAUGCUUCUGUGUCGACCAUUCUGUCUACCGAGGGAAUUUACAGCGAUCAUAAUCACAGCUGUUUACAUUCCCCCUCAAGCCAAAACAGACCAGGCACUCAAGGAACUGUAUGGGAAUAUAAGUGAGCAGGAAACCGCGUACCCAGAUACAGCGUUUAUUGUUACGGGGGACUUUAACUAA